GUAUCGAGAAUUUUCUUUACUACUUCCAUAGAUGAAUCUAUCCUACUCUACUCUUACAUUAAAAGCUGUCAUAGAAGAGAGGUGAUUGAGGUUGUCGUCGCCGUCGUGGUUGUCCUCAGAAAAGUCAUUUUUGUUGAGGUGUUGCCGCAGAUCAAUCGAUCUCCUCAGAAUGGCUGCAAGAAAAAUCCUUCGGCGAAGAGUGAUCGGCAAUAUUUUCAUUCCAAACAAAAACUUGGAUUCGCAAACGGAGAUAUCUCUCCAAGAGUAUUCGGUCGCGCAACAAACUUUCACUGUGUUUGUAAGCUCAUGGAAUGUAGGAGGUGUUGUGCCGCCGGACAACUUGAAUCUCGAGGAGCUGCUCGACACUGAAAACACCAUCACAGAUAUAUAUGUUUUGGGGUUUCAAGAAAUUGUCCCUCUUAAUGCUGGGAAUAUUCUUGCACCAGAGAAUAGCCAUAUUUCAAGCAAGUGGAAUUCUCUAAUCAAAGCAGCUCUCAACAAGAGGUCAAAACUAGUCGUCAACGAGGAGGAGGAGGAGACGCAGAAGGCGCCGCAAAAGGCAGAUGGCGGAGGAGAGGCGACGACGCAAAGAAUUCAUCCUGUGAAGAUGAACAGCAACGCGAUGGAUUGGAGGUCGACGAGAAUUCCUGAAUUAGAAUUCGAAUGCAUAAUUAGCAAACAAAUGGUGGGAUUAUUCAUUACAGUGUGGGCGCGACGCGACUUGUGCGCUUAUAUCACCCAUCCAACUGCCUCGUGCGUAGGAUGUGGAAUUCUCGGACGCCUCGGAAACAAGGGUUCAGUCUCCAUCAGUUUUCGGCUGCAUGAGACGAGCUUUUGUUUUGUGUGUUGUCAUUUGGCUUCAGGCGGCAAAGAAGGCGACGAGCGGCAAAGAAAUACAAAUGUAGCCGAUAUACUGACGCGCACCGUAUUCCCUGCGCCACAGCGCAACCAUCAUCAUCCUCUGCCUACGAAAAUUCUACACCAUGAUCGGAUCAUUUGGCUCGGCGACUUGAACUACAGAAUUUAUCUUCCUGAGGCUACAACCCAAUCCUUGGUGAAGAAUAAGGAGUGGAGGAUGUUGUUAAGACAUGACCAGCUGAAAGCAGAACUGGCCAAAGGCCGCGUGUUUGAAGGUUGGCACGAAGAAGAAAUCGAGUUUGCGCCCACAUAUAAAUACGACCAAAACUCAGAUGACUAUUAUGGAAGCAGCCAUAACAUGAAAGCCACAAGGAAAAGGUCUCCGGCAUGGUGUGACAGGAUAAUUUGGUUUGGAAAGGGAUUGAAGCAAAUACAGUACAGCAGAGUUGAGUCUAGAUUAUCAGAUCAUCGACCCGUUCGAGCAAUUUUCAUUGCACGUGCUAAGGAAUCAUGACUAGAUAAAGAGACAAACUCCAGAUUCUUGAUUAAUCCAUCAAGUUGUCCCCCAUCAAAUAUGUAAGAUUAAAUAUAACUCUACUUUAAAAUUUAUAAGCAACCAUG